UUUCCUAAUCCCCCAUUUGUCUGUUCUCACUUGUGAACCCAUCCCGCCGCCCCCCUCCCCUGUCUCUCUCUAAUCCCCCUUCCCCGCCGCUCUCCCCACCGUCUCCGCGCCCCCGCCGACGCCGCAGGCCGCGUCGGAUUGGUCGGGUCUGGUGCUCGGGUGAGGUCCGCGCGGGGCGGCGUCAGGCCGUCGGCCGAUGGCGGAGCUGGUGGGCCCGCGCGUCUACAGCUGCUGUAACUGCCGGAACCACGUCUGCCUCCACGACGACAUCAUCUCCAAGGCUUUCCAGGGGCGGAAUGGCCGCGCCUUUCUGUUCUCUCACGCCAUGAACGUAGUUGUGGGGGCAAAGGAGGAUAGGCAGCUUAUGACAGGGCUACACACGGUUGCUGAUAUCUACUGUAAUGAUUGCCGAGAGGUGCUGGGCUGGAAGUAUGAGAGAGCGUACGAGGAGUCACAGAAAUACAAAGAAGGAAAAUUCAUAUUUGAAAAGGCAAAGAUUGUCAAAGAGAACUGGUAAUAUCAAAGAUUUGGCGCACCAAAUGUUUGCUGAAGAUAAUAUGGUCAUUAUGUGUGUUUUUAAAUGUUUGGAUCCUUGUAAAUAGCUGUUCUCCAUGGGGGUCCAAUCCUAAUGUAAAGCACACUUAUUCCUGUUCGUUUGUGUGGAUAAGAUACAGCUUCUGGUUAUUUGUUAUGGAAUCAUGGCCUCUAAUGUGCUUAACUUAGUGGGUCCUCAAGUAAAUUUUACAUUCUUUGUCCUGGAUGGUAAUGUUGUGGAAUUGUUGUUGGGUCUUAUCAGGUUAAUGGAAUAUCAAUGUUCAAUUCAA